AUGAGCCAGAUACAAUUGCAACAGCAACAGCAGCAGCUACAUCGCCGUGGACACCGUCAUCAUCGUCGUCGCCAGCCCCCAGAGCCUUGCGAGUGUUUGCGUCCUGUGAUAAGGGUUUUUGGUCUGCUGACUUCAUUCGUUAUCUGCGGUGUGGGCGUCGAUGUCUAUAUGCAUGGCUUCCAGGCGGGACUCUAUAUACUUUUUUCAGCCCUGCUGGUAAUGUUCAUCGAGAUCAAGUGGCUGUUUACCCUAUUCCUGCAGCUCCAGUGCUCCGAGGAUAACUAUCAGAGGGGCUCGAGAGGGUCCUACAGUUGCUUGGGCUGCUGGCGGGUGUCGUCCGCCUUCUGCGGCGGCUGGCACCCCACUCCCAUCUAUGCGAUUAUUGGCAUCUGCCUGAUACUCUAUCCCCAUAAUCUGUGGCUCAGCUAUGUGGCUGGCAUGUUCCUGCUGCUCCUCGGCCUGCUUCGACUCUGCACUCUGAUGAGAUUCAUUCCCGCCAAGGACGAAGGCCUCCUGCCGCAAUGCGACUUUGAAAAGGUGUCCAGUUUUGUGGAUAACAUGGAGGAUGACUUCGUGGAGAUUAGUGCCUCGCAAACAGUCUUGGACCAGGAGGACGAUGAAGAUGAUGGAGACGAAGAACCCACCAUUGACGAUGAUGUUUGCUAA